AUGGAAUCAUCCAUAUAUAUAGAGAAGGACUAUACGGAAUACGGGCGGAAAGGCGAUCCGUACACUUGGGAGAGCUCGGUACGGCUGGUGGGACAGGGAGAGGAGAUUGGGAUGUAUUUGGAGGAGAGAGAGGGACGGAAGAGGAAGUGGCAGCAGGUGGAGGGGGGGAAGAUGAUGCGGCGGGAAGAGGGCGACGACAAGGAGCAAAGGAAGGUGCCGCCGAAGAAAAUUAUGGCGGCGGUCGGCGACAUGGGCGGGAGCGGGACCAGCUCGUCCUCCUCUCACCUCUCACCAGGCUGGCAGGUCAACGACCUCGACUUGGAUUUACCCGGAGAAUUGUCUAUGAAUGAGGCGCUUCUGUCGCUGCCGUCGCUGGCGGUGUUCAAGCAAGAAGCUCCUUCCCCAACCGGCGCCGUGCUGUCGCCGCCGCGCCGCGCCUGGCCGCGCCGCCUGCCGGACAGACAGAUGAGCGACAUGGUGGUGGACGGGGCGGAGGAGGAGCAGCCCUCCCCGCCGCACACCGGCCACGCCGCGCUCAUGCCCCCACAUGCCAACAGCCCUGAGAGUAUGCAAUGCCAGCCCACCCUCCAGGGCGGUAUGAUGCCAAUGAGCGGAUACCAUUCACCACCCGCAAUCGACAAUAAAAAUGGCGCUUUAUUCAUCAAUACGCUCGCCCUGCAGGGCGGUAUGAUGCCCAUGAGCGGUUACCAUUCACCACCCGCAUUCGACAACAAAAACGGCGGUCUACUGAUGUGCUCGCCGGUCAGCUCGCUAGACGGGUUCCUGCACUCACCGGCACAACCGCGCCCGGAACCCAGCUUCAAAGAUGACACCAGCGCGCUGGGUUCAGAGUAUUGCUGCGGGCGCGGCAGCCAAUGGGACGGGUGCUAUGACGGGCCUCACACGUACAUAACCAAGUUUCAAUACGUGCUUGCGGCGGCGACAUCUAUCGCCACCAAGCAGAACGAAGAAACACUGACGUAUCUAAAUCAGGGACAGCCUUAUGAGAUCAAACUGAAGAAGUUGGGAGACCUGUCACACUACAAGGGGAAGAUAUUGAAGAGCGUAAUCAAGAUUUGCUUCCACGAGCGACGGCUCCAAUACAUGGAACGCGAGCAGAUCGCGCAGUGGCACGCAGAGCGACCCGGCGAGCGCAUCGUCGAGCUGGACGUCCCUCUGUCUUACGGCGUGACUCGUGUACAACAGCCCACGUGCCUUAACUCCCUGCACGUGUACUGGGACCCCACCAAAGAUGUUGGUGUCUACAUCAAGGUGAACUGCAUCUCGACGGAGUUCACGGCCAAGAAGCAUGGCGGCGAGAAGGGCGUGCCGUUCCGCAUCCAGGUGGAGACCUACCUCGCCAGUGACGAGAACACGCGUCUACACGCCGCUGCCUGUCAGAUCAAGGUGUUCAAACUGAAGGGUGCUGAUCGUAAACACAAGCAGGACCGCGAGAAGGUGAUGCGCCGCCCGCGCUCCGACCUCGAGAAGUACCAGCCCGGCUGCGAAGCCACCGUGCUCACCACGCUGUCAAACGACGCGCUGAUGCCGCCCCCGUCUCUGGUCACCUCUUCACCCCCGUAUUCGCCUGAGCUAUGCAUGGUCCCAAAGACUGCCACAAGCCCCAUAGGAAACAAACCUAUGCCACAACCUGCCAUACUUGCUGCAUCGAACCAGAUGAAGCCAUUAUACUGCCAAGAGGAGGCCGAGAUGAAAGUGACUACUUCGCCGUGCCACUCGCCCGGCGCCAUUUUGCCUGAUCUGCCGCAACCCGCUGAAGAUCCCGACAAGAACCUGGGCCUGCCGGCCAGCGCGGGCGCGGGCGACACGGCGGCGUGGCUGGCGCGGCACCGCUUCGCGCAGCACGCCAACACUUUCGCCAACUUCUCCGGCGCCGACCUGCUCAGACUGUCCCGUGACGACAUCAUUCAAAUCUGCGGCCUCGCCGACGGCAUACGGCUAUUCAACGCUCUGCACGCCAAACGUAUCGAGCCCCGGCUGACCGUGUACGUGAGCGCGGGCGGCGGUGUGUACUCCGCCUUGUACCUGCACUCGUGCCGCGCGGCCGAGCUGCUGCACAAGCUGCAGGCGCUGCACCGCGCACAUGCACAGGGACACAAGGAAGUGGACACGGUGCUCGUGUCCGGCCCCAACGGCGCCCUGGUGCGGCUCACGGACGAGCUGGUGCGCCACCUGCCCGACAAGUCCACCUACCGCCUGCAGCGCCAGGACGACGCGCUGCUGCUGGCCAGCGAGCAGUGAGCGAGACACCUCCGCCUCGUGUGUAGGGCUGCUCUACGUGCCCGCCACGUCGCCUCGUGUGUAGGGCUGCUCUACGUGCCCGCCACGUCGCCUCGUGUGUAGGGCUGCUCUACGUGCCCGCCACGUCGCCUCGUGUGUAGGGCUGCUCUACGUGCCCGCCACGUCGCCUCGUGUGUAGGGCUGCUCUACGUGCCCGCCACGUCGCCUCGUGUGUAGGGCUGCUCUACGUGCCCGCCACGUCGCCUCGUGUGUAGGGCUGCUCUACGUGCCCGCCACGUCGCCUCGUGUGUAGGGCUGCUCUACGUAUCUUGUUCCAAUUCGCGCGACUUUACACAUCAAUCACAUAUUGGCGUAUAAAGUCGCGCGAGACGCGGCAAGAUAUGCUAUAAGUGCAGUCGUAGUAUCUUUUACACUAAACGGCUUAAAUGAUAAACCCUGGACAUGACUAAAAUUUAUUUUGUAUCGAGCAGAGACGGCUGCGAACGAUGCUAAUAAGCUUAGAAACAAAUUAAAAGUGGAAAAAUUCACGGUGUUGUGUGGGACUUGAACUUGGUCAAACGCCUGCCUAUUCAUAAUAAAAAAAAAACGACCACCGGAUCAAAUCUUGACCAGAUUGCUACUCGCUAGCCCAGUCCUCUUCCAUCUGAACUACCAAGACCUUAAUACAGCGAAUAUUUCCACCAUAUAUGAGUCUAUUUCGCUGUAUUUCGAUUAGCGAUCCUGUGGUCGUGGGUUCAAGUCCCACCCAUGACAGUGAAUUUUACCACAUUGAAUUUGUUUAUAAGCUUAAUUACUAAAAAUAACGCUACUAUCAAUGUAGUUCCUAAAAUAACUGAAUUACCGUAAGAUUACGAUAUGAUGAUGAUGAUGAUGAAUUUGAAAAACAGUUAAGUGACUAUGGGGCCAUAAUAUUAUAUUAUAGUUGUAAGAACCCUCACCUCAUCUUCGUUGUAAUACCGCCUUAUGUUUAUCGGUCAACCCAUUGAAUGCCACAUGAAAAGCUCUGACGUGAUAUGACGUCAAUAUAUUUGUGGCGUACAAAGGGUUAGACAUGUUAUACUAUAAGUUGUAUUGAUUUUAUAGUAAUAAGUGGAACAAGAAAUGACUUGACACAAUGAAAAUUUACUUCAGAAAGUUCUCAUCAAAAUGUAGUAAUUUUUCAGAUAGAAAAUGGAAAAGAAUGGUAAAAAGUUAUACGUAAUGUAACUUGCCGAGAAGGCUAUCGCUAAGUGCAUAAGACUACGCUAAUGGCGAAUUUACACUACGUCGAUUCUGUCGUUUGCCGCAUCAAAAAAUGUCGGUUGCCUGGCAACCACAUACUUUCAUACGGCAACCGCACCCUUUGAACGCAACGCCCGUCGUAUGCGGCGCGUAUUCAUGAACCUUGUCGCAAUGCACGAAGGUUGAUAUUGGGCUGUCAGUUGGUAUUGGGCCGCGCGAGUCAGUUGACGUCUUUAGCGGUCAAAGGGGUUAAGAGAUCAACCCACUACAGUGGGUCGUUACAACGACAACAAAACAUUUUAAUUAUUGUAUGCCAAGGAUGAUUGAUAGGAAAGCACAUGAUAACUUCGAUGAUUGUGAUUUGUACUGAUAGGUAUCCCAAAGGAUUUGAUAUUAUUAAAAUUUAAUUAUGUAUUUUAGGUUAAUAUUUUCAAUAUUUUGUGCAAUGCUUUUAAGUGAUUAGUGGCAUACAGUAGGUAUUAGUUUUAAAUCUCAUAAAUGUAGCACAAUUCUGUUAACAUUCUCCAGAUAAGGAAGAGCGGUACCUCCUGGCGCAGUCUAUAUUAAAGCUUAAAAGGAGGUUCCAAUCACUAACUUUAAGAUGUACAUGUUAAUUUUUUUUAUGUUCUUUUAUUUUAAAUCGAAAAUUAUGGUUAAAUAUAUGUUAGUAAAAACAAUUGUAUAUCAAGUGUCUAAGUAUUGUGUUAGAUUAAAUCAAUAUGUGUAAAGGGUAUAUUUGGAAGUCUGUAAUAAUUUAAGAUGUGCUUAAACUAAGCUUUGAGGCCCAAGAGCGUUACGUUUUUUCUGUGUGUUGAGACUUGUUAAGGUAAUAUUUAAUAUGAAACUCUUCAAAACCUAACUGACUGAUUUCAUCUCACAGAAACACCGUACUGACAGUACCGUACAGACAUUCAUAAUAAUCUUUGCAAAUAUUGGAUGGUGUAAUGUCGUUUAUUUACAAAUAAAUGACAGCGUAGAUGUGCCUUAACCCUUUCACUGCGCGUGUGACGUCGAUACUCGUCAAUGUCACGUGUGUACCCUGUCGUGAGCAGUGAAAGGGUGCUUAUUAACUUACUUUAUAUUCUAGUUAUUAAAUAAUACUAGUUCUCAUUAUUCUUUAUCAGUAAAGAUGAUAAUGCUGCAGCGCAUUUACGUUUUACGUAUUCUGUUACAGAUGUAGUGCACAAUUAUUUUCCAUCGUAUUUUCACGGAAACGUACGAACGUGUUAUGCUAUUUCAGUCAGUCUCGGUACAAAAAGUACUGAGGUUGACUGAAGUAGCAUGACAAAUACGAACGUUUCCGAGAAAAUACGAUGGAAAACAAUUAUGCAUUACAUCUGUACGUUAUCUCUUUCACUGUCACAAGAUGAUACUAGUUUUAUGUACAGUCGCCAUCAGAUAUAUCGGAGCGGCCAAGGUGGUCACAAUAUCUGAGCACGCACUCUAACGCCUUGACAAUAGAGGCGUGUUCAGAUAUUUGUGAGCGCCUCGCCCGCUCCGAUAUAUCUGAUGGCGACUGUACCCUUGACAGUGAAAAGGUUAACGAACUCGUAUUUAUUUUAAACAUACGUUGAUUUAAAUUUUAAAUCAAUUGUUUCACCAUUAAGUUAAGUUUUGUUAACUAAAUACAUAGCGAAAUAUAAUAUAAGCUAUAUAUAUGAUAGCAUGUUAUUUUUAUAUGAAAUUUUUUACAGUGAAUUUCACAUACUUUAUAGCUCUCAAUAGGGCUUUGCAAAACAAAGUUAUAUGAAAUUCCAAAGUAUUAUGAAUAUGAUUAUUAUAUGAUUUAUUUUUUCACAACUCGUAACAGAUUUUUGAUAGAGGGAGACAAAAAAAAGGACCUAUUCCUAUAAAUAGGUGUAAAAUAGUGUCACUUGAUUGCAAAUUUGUGUUUGGCAAUUUCUUGAAUCUGUUGCUAAGCUCAGGCUUCAUUGUUUCGCCCUCGGCCUAAACGUGUAUUUUGUGACAUUACUUUUGACUGCGACAGACGUCGACGUGAUUACACGUCACGUGAGCUCUGGGCAGCCAAAAGGUUAACUCGAGGUGCCUUAAAAGUGCCUUUUAUGGAGACAGAUGGCGCCGUGCAUUAAAUGGAGUAUUCUUUGUAAACUAUUUUUAAAAAUGUUUUAUUAAUAGUGUAGUUGUUGCAUGUAUAGUAUAGUUUAUAUAUUAUAAAAUAAAUGAGUAUAUGGAUUGUGUAGUCAAUAAAUGUAUAUAAAGC